GGGGCGGGAAAUGUCAGGUCGUCCCCGCCCCGCGCCCCGCCGGCCUGGGAGGGCUGGGCAGCUCGGGGCGACCCAGCGCGAGGACAACCAUGGCCCCGGCGGCGUCGAGGCUGCGGGCCGCCCCGCUCCAGGAGCUCCCGCGCCGGGCGCUCGCCCAGUACCUGUUGCUCCUGCGGCUCUACCCGGUGCUCACCAAGGCGGCCACCAGUGGCAUUUUGUCUGCACUUGGGAACUUCCUGGCCCAAGUGAUUAAGAAGAGACGGAAAAAAGAAAACUUCUCUCAAAAGCUAGACAUCAGUGGGCCUCUCAGAUAUGCCAUUUAUGGGUUCUUCUUCACAGGGCCGCUGAGUCACUUCUUCUACCUCUUCCUGGAGCACUGGAUCCCUCCUGAGGUCCCCUUGGCAGGGGUCAAGAGGCUCCUCUUAGACCGCCUGGUCUUUGCACCGGCCUUCCUGCUAGUGUUCUUCUUCGUCAUGAACUUCCUGGAGGGCAAAGAUGCAGCUGCCUUUGCUGCCCGGACAAGAACGGGGUUCUGGCCUGCACUGCAGAUGAAUUGGCGUGUCUGGACCCCAGUGCAGUUCAUCAACAUCAACUAUGUGCCUUUGCAGUUCCGCGUACUUUUUGCAAACCUUGUGUCUCUGUUCUGGUAUGCCUACCUGGCCUCUCUGGAGAAGUGAAGGUGGCCUGAAGAAUUGGCACCGCUGGCAUGGAUCUGGGUGGAAUGGUGCCUCCCACAGAGUGAGAGUUACAGACAGCCCAGAUGUCCCGUUCUCACUCUAGAUCAUGUGAUUCAAGAUGCUUGGCCAUGAUGGAUGAAGAAACAGAAACCUAAUGACUGAAUGAUGUGUUCUUUCAAAAGGCAGUAGUUGACUUCAAUAUGCUGCCCUAGAAAUUUAAAAGAGAUGAUUUCACUUGUUGCCUAAAUUUUAGGAUUAAGUUAGGAUCACAGUAAAACAUGAUGAAGUUUUCCCA